GUAAGGACGAUGAAUUGUGUUUUUGGUUUGUCUUGUUUGCGGACGUGACUAGACGUGAUUCGUGUUCCUAGUUAACUUGAUUUGAAGUAGAACUCUUCCCUGGUUGGGAGCUUUAGAAACAUCCAUGGAUUGCAUUUCCUCAUCAUGUAACCAAUAGGACAACCGAGUGUGAAACGGAUGCAAAACCCGGAUGGCUGAAUGGAUGAAUUCUGCAAGCAAAUUCACCGUCGAGUCUUUAUUACAGGUCCGAGCUGCUGUGGAUGAAGCAUGUUGGUAUUUUAAAUAGCAUGUAAUCAAGCAAUACGGAUGUUAUUGUGGCAUGUGAUUCUGCAAAGAACAAAGUCCUAAAAACUGUCACGUCUUAGACAUUAAGUUUAGACCAACCAAGUCAACUGACUGGGUCUGAACUGAACAGGUAGAAUCUAAUUGAGCAGUCUGGUAUAAUAAAACAAGUCAACACAUCUUUUCAGUGACAUUAAGGACUGAUUAAAGGACUGCAUCCACCAGCACCAUCAGCAUGGAUUUAAAUGACAGCACUUCAUUAACUGAGCUGAUGGGCAGCUAUAAGGGCACAGAGACUGGAUUCCACCUGCCCAAAGAUGGAUGGAGGAUCUGCCUGGCACACGAGUUUAAGGAGAAGAGGAAACCUUUCCAGGCGAAGGACGUUUCUCUCUCCAACGUCCUGCAACACAUCGGACUGGGCUUCAGGUAUCUGAAGUGGUGGUACAAAAAAACCCAGGUGGAGAAGAAAGUACCAUUUAUAGACAUAUUUCAGGCGUUGCCUCUGAGUCAGAUUUACGGUGCCCCCCUGGGUGGAAUUGGGGGAGGAACUAUUACACGCGGAUGGAAGGGGGAGUUCUGUAGGUGGCAGCUUAACCCAGGAAUGUAUCACUACAAGACUGUUAUUGCUAACCAGUUUACAGUGUGCCUGCGUAAGGACGAUAAGACAGUAUAUCAGCAAGUAUUGUCCACUGAACGUCCUCGCACCUUGCAGGCCUGGAACUGGGGAUACUGUGGUGCAUUUGCCUUCUACCAUGCACUCUACCCACGAGCCUGGACCGUCUACCAGCUGCCUGGCCAGAAUGUCACGCUUACCUGCAGACAGGUGUCACCUAUCAUUCCCCACAACUACAAGGACUCCAGUUUUCCAGUUGGUGUGUUUGUGUGGGAGAUAGAGAACAAGAACGACUACCCGCUUGAUGUGUCUAUCAUGUUCACUAUGGUCAAUGGUUCAGGCCACAGCGAUGAUAAAUGCGGUGGUCACUGGAAUGAACCAUUCCACCUGGAAAAAGAGGGCGAGUCAGUGUCUGGGGUUUUACUUCACCACUGCUCACCUGUAAACCCGUACACACUGUGUAUGGCAGCACGACAACAGGGUGACAGAGAAAUCAGUCAUCAGACUGCGUUUAGUCCGAACGACACGGGCACUUCUCUCUGGCAAGACCUGGUGAGUGAUGGGCGGUUAGACUCACCUACCGACCCCAGCACGCCUACACGGACAGGAGAGAAGGUGGCAGCGGCACUGGCAGUAAGCUGCUCUGUACCUGCACAUGGGCACAACAGUGUAGAGUUCUGCUUGGCCUGGGACAUGCCAAAAAUGACCUUUGGCUCGAGGGAGAGGGAGCACAUCAGGCGAUACACACGUUUCUUUAAUACUAAAGAAGACUUAAGUCCAGCUCUCUCUCAUUAUGCACUCUCACACUACAAAGACUGGGAAAAGAGCAUCGAGGAAUGGCAGGGACCAAUUCUGAAGGACAGUUCCCUCCCUUCCUGGUACAAAUCCGCUCUAUUUAAUGAGCUUUACUUUAUUGCGGAUGGUGGGACGGUGUGGGUGGAACUUCCUGAGGACUGUGAUAUCAGCGGAGGGCUACGCUCAGAAGAUGGUGGUCUUCCAGCCCAGCCUUCUGUUAUUAAGGAGUAUGGCCGUUUUGCCUAUUUAGAGGGUCAGGAGUAUAGGAUGUAUAACACAUACGAUGUCCACUUCUAUGCUUCCUUUGCACUCAUCAUGCUCUGGCCUAAACUGGCUUUGAGUCUACAGUAUGACAUUGCUGGUAGUGUGGUGCAGUAUGACCCGACAGUAAGGAUAAACCUAAUGAGUGGUACCAAUACCCCAGUCAAGACCCGGAAUGUAGUACCUCAUGAUAUUGGAGACCCAGAUGACGAGCCUUGGCAGCGUGUUAAUGCCUACCAGAUUCACGACACAGCCGACUGGAAAGACCUGAACCUAAAGUUUGUUUUGCAGGUGUACCGCGACUAUUACCUAACUCAGGACUUGCAGUAUCUGAAGGACAUGUGGCCCAUCUGUCAGGUUGUUAUGGAGACUGAAAUGAAGUUUGAUAAGGAUGGAGAUGGCUUGAUAGAGAACUCUGGCUAUGCUGACCAGACUUAUGAUGGAUGGACUGUGACAGGACCAAGUGCAUACUGUGGAGGUCUGUGGCUGGCCUCGGUGUGUGUAAUGUGUAAGAUGGCUCAACUCCUAAAAAAUGAUCAUGUGUAUGGGCACUAUCGGGAGGUCCUGAAGCGAGGCAGCGCAGCCUUCGAGAAGCUUCUCUGGAAUGGAAAGUACUAUAACUAUGACAGCAGUGGUCGAAGUCUGUCUAAUAGUGUGAUGUCUGACCAGUGUGCAGGCCAUUGGUUCCUCCGGGCAUCUGGACUGGAAAAGGAUGCAUUCGAAGUUUUUCCUAAGGAGAAGAUUCGCAGUGCUCUGAAGAGCGUGUUUGAUCUGAAUGUGAUGAGCUUUGCGAAUGGGCAAAUGGGGGCUGUAAAUGGCAUGAGGCCAGAAGGUGUCCCUGAUCGCUCCAGCGUCCAGUCGGAUGAGGUCUGGGUCGGGGUGGUUUAUGGAUUAGCAGCUACCAUGAUUCAUGAGGACAUGCUAGAGGAAGGUUUUCACACUGCUGAGGGUUGUUAUCGGACAGUGUGGGAGCGCUCUGGAAUGGCUUUUCAGACUCCAGAGGCAUACUGCGAGAAAGGAAUCUAUCGCUCCCUAGCCUACAUGAGGCCUCUCAGCAUCUGGGCCAUGCAGCUGGCGUUGGACAGUCGUUCAAACCUGUGCAAGACCACCCAACAAAACAGUGAGCCAGGACCUUUAGAGACUGAUUUACAGAAUCAACCGGUUCAAGAGAACUGCCAUUAACCAUAGUGUGUAUGAUCUGCUGAUGGGCAAAACACUUCUGAUAUUGAAUAAAUGAACAUUAAUGCAGAGGUUUA